AAAAAAAGGAAAAUGCUAGGGGUACACCAAAAGUGUACCCCAAACAUCCCCCACCCCCUCCAUCACCACACAAAAAAGGCAAGAAAUUUUCAAAAAAAUUUAAAAAUAAAAACAAAAUAAAAUGAAUGAUUAGUAGGAGGGUGGUGUACAUUUGGGGUACAUUUUUUGGUGUACCCCUAGCAUAUCCCUCGAAAAAAACUCCCUCUCAUCCUCAAAAAGUAAAAAUAGCUUUUCUUUAAAAAAAAUCCGACUUUCCUAGAUGAUCACCUCUGCAACAAAACCACUCAGAUCUCCAAGCAAUGGCCGAGCAGCAGAACAGAGCUGCUUAGCACUUCUCCAGCUCUGCAAUUCUCUUCCCAAACUCUCCCAAAUCUACUCCCGCAUCCUCAAGCUCGGCCUCCGAUCCAACAAUCUCGUCCUCACCAAACUCGCUUCAGUUUCCUCCGACCUCGGCGCCAUAAACUACGCUUCUACCUUCAUCUUCCACUCGGACGCCGAAACCCGCGACUUCGACGCCUUCCUUUUCAACACCGUGAUCAGAGGCUUCGCUCAAACCCGUUGUUCCAAGCACAAAGCAGUGACGUUUUACCAGAAAAUGUGCGAUCUUGGCGUUUUGCCUAAUAAGUUUACCUACCCUUUUGUUCUCAAGGCUUGCGCUGGAAUUGGGGAAUUGAAACUAGGCAAAACCGUUCACGGGUUGGUGGUGAAGAUGGGGUUCGGUGAUGAUAGGAAUGUUUUGAACACGAUGGUUCACAUGUACUGUUGCUGUAAUGGUGGGAUUGGGUACGGGCGGAAGGUGUUCGAUGAAAUGCCUGACUGGGAUUCUGUUGGGUGGAGCGCAAUGAUUGGUGGGUAUUCGCGAUGGGGCAUGUGCAAUGAGGCGGUAGCCUUGUUUAGGAAGAUGCAGAUGGAAGGGGUGAGGCCUGAUGAGAUCACAAUGGUCUCUGUCUUGUCUGCUUGCCGGGAAUUGGGAGCCCUCGGGCUCGGCAACUGGCUUGAAGAGUACAUUGACAGGGAAAAGCUUCAGAAAAGUGUAGAGCUUUGGAACGCUCUCAUCGACAUGUUUGCAAAGUGUGGGGACAUUGAUAAGGCCCUGAGUUUGUUUUUGCGUAUGGGCGAAAAGAACAUUGUUUCUUGGACUUGUGUCAUUGAUGGCUUAGCAAUGCACGGCCAGGGUUCUGAGGCAGUGUCAUUGUUUGAGGAGAUGAGAAGAGAUGGGAUUAUAACACCUGAUGGAGUUGCCUUCAUUGGACUGCUCACUGCUUGUAGCCAUUCCGGUUUGGUUGAAGAAGGCAGAAAGUAUUUUACCUCAAUGACACGAGAUUUCGGCAUAGCUCCCAAUAUAGAACACUAUGGGUGCAUGGUUGAUCUCUUCUGCAGGUGUGGACUUGUUAAGGAAGCAUUAGCAUUUGUCCAGAGAAUGCCUGUUGAGCCGAACGCAGUCAUCUUGCGCACCAUAGUCACUGCUUGCCGUACUCACGGAGAGCUAAAACUAGGAGAAACGAUAAUCAGAGAGCUGAUAGAAGACGAACCGAUGCAAGACUCAAAUUACGUGCUGUUGUCCAAUAUUUACGCGAAAAUGUUGAAAUGGGAGAAGAAAACCGUGGUUAGGGAGGCAAUGGUGAAGAAGGGGAUGAAAAAGAGCCCAGGAAGCACGAUGCUCGAGUUGGGUAACGAAAUCUACGAGUUCGUGGCAGGGGAUAAAAGCCAUAGUCAGUACAGAGAGAUUUACAAGAUGAUGGAUGGCAUAGGGAAGCAGAUAAAGAAGGCUGGGUAUGUGGCAUCAACAUCAGAAGUGUUGCUUGAUAUUGAUGAGGAAGACAAGGAGGGUGCUUUGAAUAGGCACAGUGAAAAGCUGGCCAUUGCUUUUGCACUUAUGAAGACUCCUCCUCAAGCUCGGAUACGCAUUGUGAAGAACUUGCGCGUUUGCGAGGAUUGCCAUUCAGCCAUCAAGUUGAUUUCUGUGGUCUAUAAGCGCGAGAUUCUGAUGAGGGACCGGAACCGGUUUCAUCAUUUCAGAGAGGGCAAAUGCUCUUGCAAGGACUUCUGGUAAUGCAUACAAGAAUUCGACAAGUUGGAGUUGCCCAUUCGUAACCGAGUCCACCCACUUCAUUUUCUUUUCCUCUCAUGCCUCUUACAGUCUUACCCUCUCUCUUUCACUUCCGCCAUUUAAUUCUUCAGAGCUGCCCACGUAACCCACGCCGCCAACGACAACCUCCUCCUCCUUCUUCACCCUACAUGAUAAAAUUCGCUUGAUCUUAUUGUGCCGAUCUUCAAGCUCAUGCUCAGAUCUAGCUGCUUAAUUGGUA